AUGCAGAUAUACCGAGCCAUGGUCCUUUUGUUGGUGGCCUGCUUCAGCGCUCUACUCUGCGCAUAUGCGCAUGCGUUCUUUACCGAUCUAGAAUGUGCCAGCUAUCCCGCGCUGGUCACUGAUGCGGAUUAUGUGAGGUUUGCCGAAGGUUGUGCUGGAAAAGAAGUCCUCGGAUUCAAGUUUCAACAAGAAUUCCACGCAAUCAGGAUCACUGAACCUCUGUUCAAUGGACUCUUUGCNAAUGCUCGCAGAAUCAACUUCCACAUUUAUGUCCAGAACACAGAGUUUAGGCAUCUAGAACUACCCAGUGUGGAAUAUAUACCAGGGCUCACAAUAAGGAAUAAUGCACUACUGGAACGGUUCCGUAUUUUGAGACGCUAUCAGUUCGACAGAACUGUUUUCGGGCCAACAGUUGUUACAGUGGAUGGCAAUAAGAUGUUGGACGACGAGAGCAUGGGCUGUCUGCGGUAUCUCUGCUCAUACUGUGAUAUCUUUAAGUGGUCAAGACGUCCAGCAUUCACCAUAGAAGGAAACAUGCAGCUUGAAGUAAUUGAAGUGUCACCAGUGUUUGAAUGGCAAAUUAGUUAUGAGCCCUUCACGAUUAUAUACAAUCCAGCGCUACGACAAUAUCCUCCGUUGCAACAAUGCAAGUACUGCGCGUUUGAGCACAAUACAAGAUGUGGAGUGACCUGGCCGGCCCUGGCAUACACUACGCUUGAAGAGAUAUUGCAGAAUUGCAUGGGAAAACCAAGGAUUGUGUUCACCGAAGUGGUCACCGUCACUCAAGAGCAGUUCACAGAACUUUGUUCUCGAGCCCUAUAUCUGCAAAUGUGCUUCAAUAUCACCAAUACCGACUACACGAAAAGAAUUAUUUUGGCAAGUUCUUAUCUGGCUCCUAAGGAGAAAUUGCUCCAACCAUGCGGCCUCGGAGACCAAACCUAUACAGUGCAGCAGCUCGUGACGGCCUGUGCAGAAAAAACGAUCAUAACACCGAACGAGGGCACAGUCAUUGUCAUCAAGUCCACUGAAGUCACUCAGGCUGAGAUGAACGCAUUUUGUGCCAAUGUCAUUUACAUGCAAGCAUGUAUCCAGAUCACUAAUUCCAUGUACACCAGCCUGAGGUGCCCUUAUCUACAAAAGCUGGUGCCUUGUCAACCUGGAAGACCAGCAAUCGAAAUCAUCAACAACCCUUAUUUAACGAUAGUGGAAAUUCCCACAACGGUUGUUAUCCCGGUCAACGAGAAUGUCAUUAUCAUCGACAGAAAUGCACAGCUCUCAUCUGUGAUUGUCCAACAGCUCCAGCAAGUCUGUCCUAUGUGCCAAAUUGAGAACGAUUUUUCAACUUGUAGCGAGUUAGAAGCCAUUGGAGACGUUGUAGCAUUCGUCGAAAAAUGUGCAGGACAACCAAUAAUCACGUUCAAGUUUGGAGUGGAGCAGCAACUGGUUAUGACGGAAGAGCAAAUCACAAAAUUGUUCGUAAAUGCCGUUGAAGUACAAAUGUGCCUCGUUGUCCGAAUGUCUUCCAUACNGCAACUGGUAUUCCCGAAAUUGAUGCAAUGGACGUCUUGCGCACCAGCCUGUGGUCUUGGAAACCAAGUAUUCUCCGUUCAACAGCUUGUCAAUGCUUGCGCAGGAAAACAAAUGAUCGUACCGGCAUUGGACUCUCCUGGCAUCAUCAUCUACUCCAAAGACGUCACCGAAUAUGAACUGAAUAGAUUCUGCUCUAACGCCGUCUACUUGCAAGCAUGCAUUGUAAUAGAAAAAUCGACGUUCUCCAGUCUUCAAUGCCCUUACCUUGAGAGGAUUGUACCAUGCGAGCCAGGACGAGCAGUAUUCGAAAUCACUGAGAAUGUCAAUUUGUUGAAGUUUUUGAUACCCUCGACGGUGGUUUUCCCCGAAGGAGAAAAAGUAGUAAUAGUGACUGGAAAUCCUUUACUGCCACAAGGUACCAUCACUAAAUUGAAAACGAUCUGUCCGUUCUGUGAUAUCAAGUAUGACUACUCGAAAUGCCGCAUGGUGGAAACUUUUGGAAGUGUGGAGGAACUGGUCGAAAGAUGUGCUGGACAACCGAGUAUACAUGUGUGCUUUGUAGGACUGCCAGCCAUCACAAUUGUGGAUAACGCACAAUUGCAAACCUUGGAAUUCCCUGAAUUGGUAAAAUUCGAGGAGGUGGAGUCAAUGAUAGUUGUGAAGAACAAUCCACUGAUUCCUCCCAGUGAAAUAGCUUUCCUCAGAAACCUUUGCCCGCUCUGUGAUAUCCAGCAUAGCAAUUCCCAAUGCAAGGAAAUGACGGUCGUGGGAUCUGUCGAAGAACUCGUGGAGAUGUGCCAAGGAGCACCAGUAAUCACUACCGUCGGAGGUGUCGUUAUCCGUGAACAAUUUACGGAACCCCAAAUAGUCAAGCUGUUUUCUGGUGCCCGUGAAGUUAAAAUGUGUGCCAUUGUCAACAGCACUUCAAUCGAAAACCUCUCCUUCCCCCAUGUAGUGCGAUGGACAUCCUGCAAGAGCGGCCUUCCGGCUCUUACUGUAACGGACAACAUGAAAUUGAAGAAUAUCCAGUUCCCCUCUUGUAAGCAGAUGGGUUGCAUCGAAAGUGGCGUGAUCAGCGGCAAUUCCCUCCUUCCACAAAAUGUGAAAACCGUGAUCAAACAGUAUUGCAGCGACUGUGUCUUCGGACAAUCCCAAAAUCUUCCAGUGCUGAGUGGAGGACUUUGA